UAUACAUCCCUCAAUAUGUCUCUUGAAUCCAUCAUUUUUGGAUGUGGCUAAUUUCUUAGCAAUAUGGCAAUCGCCGCUGCCAUUAUUCUUCCUAUUGGUCUUCUCUUCCUUCUAUCCGGCCUCAUUAUCAACUUUAUUCAGGCACUUCUCUUCAUUCUAGUUCGACCCUUUUCUAAAAACAUAUUCAGAAGGAUAAACAAAGAAGUCGCAGAAUUGUUAUGGUUGGAAAUCGUAUGGCUUUUCGACUGGUGGGCAAAUGUUAAGGUUGAGCUAUACACAGAUCAAGAAACUUAUGGGAUAAUGGGAAAAGAGCCUGCACUAAUAAUCUCCAACCAUAGAAGUGACAUUGACUGGCUUGUUGGAUGGGUUCUAGCUCAGCGAGUAGGUUGUCUCGGAAACACAAUUGCUUUGGCAAAGAAGUCUCUAUCAUAUCUUCCAGUUCUAGGAUGGUCAAUGUGGUUUUCUUGUUGUAUCAGUCUUGAGAGAAGCUGGAACAAGGAUGAAAACAUCUUGAAGUCAGGAUUCCAAGAGCUAAAUGAUUUCCACCAACCUUUUUGGUUGGCUGUUUUUGUAGAAGGAACUCGCUUCACACAUACAAAGCUUUUAGCAGCUCAAGAAUAUGCUGUUUCUGUAGGAAAACCUAUCCCAAGGAAUGUUUUGAUUCCUCGAACCAAGGGUUUUGUUGCAUCAGUAAGCCAUUUGCGUUCCAUUAUUCCGGCAAUUUAUGAUAUAACACUUGCAAUUCCUAAAGAUAAGCCUCGACCGACAUUGCUAAGAAUGCUUAGGGGAUGUUCUUCUGUGGUCCAUGUGCGUGUUGAGCGCCGUUUGAUGCAGGAAUUACCAGAAGAUGAGAGUGGUAUUGCACAAUGGUGCAGAGAUGUUUUUGUUGUAAAGGAUGCUUUAUUGGACCGGCAUCUUGCUACGGGUACAUUUGGUGACCAAGAAUGUCAAGAUAUUGGAAGACCAAAAAAAUCCUUAAUGGUUGUUAUCUGUUGGUCAUGUUUCCUUUUCUUUAGUGCUAUAAAGUUUUUUGAAUGGUGUCCAUUCUCUUGGGGAGGAGUUGUAUUUUGUGCAGUUUUCUUGGUCUUGGUUCUAGUCUUGAUGCAGAUUCUCAUUGUCUCUUCCAAGUCAGAAAAAUCUACUGCUCCUAAAGGGUAAGUUGAGCAUCCAAAUUAGAGGAGAAGACUAAGAAGGGCUGGUUUUUACAAGAAAUGUUUGAAGAUCAAGAUUCAUUCAUGAUACUUUGGUGGCUCUAACUUUCUCAUUUAUUGUCUUUUGGCUUGUUAUUCAUGAUUGGCCUCUUAUGAAACUAUCAGCAAUAUGUUUAGGUAAACUUUAGUAUAUAAAUUAUCCAAAUGUAUUCUUUAUUUUUGUUCCAUUGUAUGUAAAAAGUUGCUAUGUUUUAUGUCAAAGUAAGGAUAGGGUUGUAAUAGUCAUUUCGUAAGGUUA